AUGUCUCUCUCACCUAAACUCUUCAUCUUUUUCUCCUUCCUCUCUCUCACCAUCUCCAUUUCCAUAGCUCAAACCUCUUUCAAACCAAAAGCACUCGUUCUCCCCAUCGCCAAAGACACUUCAUCCUCAACACCUCAAUACACAACCCAAAUCAAACAAAGAACACCACUUGUCCCAAUCAAACUAACUCUUGAUCUUGGCGGUGGCUACUUUUGGGUCAACUGUGAAAAAACUAACCAUGUCUCGUCCACCUCAAAACCAAUCCUUUGCAACUCAUCUCAGUGCUCCCUCUUCGGUUCACACGGUUGCAGUAGCAAAAAAAUCUGUGGCAAUUCACCAAGCAACACAGUAACAGGCGUCUCCACAUACGGUGACAUUCAUUCAGAUAUCGUUUCAAUCCGUUCCACAAAUGGAAACUACUCCACUAGAGCUGUUUCUGUUCCUAACUUUCUCUUCAUCUGUGGCUCAAAAGUUGUCCAAAACGGUCUUGCUAAAGGUGUCACCGGCAUGGCUGGUCUUGGAAGGACUAGAGUCUCAUUCCCUUCACAGCUUUCAUCGGCUUUCAGUUUCAAAAACAAGUUUGCAAUCUGUUUAGGAUCUUCACCCAGUUCAUUUCCAAAUUCAAAUGGUGUUCUUUUCUUUGGCGAUGGACCUUAUAAACUGAACAAUGAUGUAUCAAAAGUUCUCACAUUUACACCUCUUAUUACAAACCCUGUUAGCACUGCUCCAAGUUCUUUCUUAGGUGAAAAAUCAUCCGAGUAUUUCAUCGGUGUGAAAUCUAUCAGAGUUUCUGAUAAAACCGUAAAACUGAACACAACUCUUUUAUCUAUAAACCAAAAAGGCUUCGGCGGAACCAAAAUCAGCACUGUUAAUCCCUACACUGUAAUGGAAACUUCAAUCUAUAAAGCUGUUGUUGAGGCCUUUGUGAAAGAACUAGGAGUUCCAACUGUUACACCAGUAGCACCAUUUGGAACAUGUUUUGCUACCAAGGAUAUUAGUUUUUCGAGAAUGGGACCUGGUGUUCCUGGUAUUGAUCUUGUGUUGCAGAAUGAGAAUGUUAAGUGGAGUAUUAUUGGGGCUAAUUCAAUGGUUUCUAUUGGUAAUAGUGAUGUGAUUUGUUUGGGUUUUGUGGAUGCUGGAUCAUAUGGUGCAAAAGCAGAUCAAGUUGGUUUUGUGGUCGGUGGUUCUCGACCAAUGAGUUCGAUCACUAUUGGUGCACAUCAAUUGGAGAAUAACUUGUUGCAAUUUGAUUUGGAUAAUUCAAGGCUUGGUUUUAGUUCACUGUUCUUGGAGCAUGAUAACUGUGAGAAUUUUAAUUUUACUUCUUCUGGUUAG